CACGGCUAUCGUAACGUAGCUUCACGUACUUUGCGUUGUUCACUUUCUGCUAUCCUCUUCACAAUCUCAAUCUUCCUUAGCACAAUACUAUGUUCCAAUGGCUUUUCCGUACGAAACUGCCCAUCUACUAGCACAGCUCCGUGCUUCGUACAUUGCCCUAUCGGACACAGAUGACUUCGCGCGGCGAAUAAUUAGACCUAUCGCCUACAAGUCUCCGGACGAUCCCGAGUUCCCUCUUGCUAAGACCGUAGUGCCUGAUUCCCCUCCGGUGACUUUCCAUAUAGCCAGACACGUCCAGAAAUCGAUCCACAACUCGACACACACAACACAUAACCACAGCAAACACGUCAGACACAACAGAAGGAAAAGCAGACGCAACAACGAGUUGCAACAAAUACGUCAGCUCCAGUUGGAUAACAUCAACGAUGUCCAGACAGACGACAAGACCUCGCCCAUUGACUUUGAAGUGGCUGCAGAACCUGAUCCGACGCCAAUGAAGAAGGAGUCAUCAGGAACAGCUAGCUCCAGCCAUGUGAACAACUUUGGACUCUUGUAUUCUAAGACCAUUCGAGGCAAAAAAGGCUCGAGCUCAGGCAUUCUGAAGUUCUUCCAUAUAGACGGAGGAAACAACAGUAACAGCUCUCUGCAAGUAGGUGGUAGUGACUCCGAUAGCGAAGAUGACAGUUCGAUCAACACUCAACCUCAUACACAAUCUCUAGAAAUUGACAAAAACAACGAAGGCGGGGAAGUGACAGAAACAGAAUCAAUCGGCGAGAAAAGAAAGAACAAACGCAAGCAUAGAGGAGAUAACAGCGAUGUGGUAACCAUAGACUCUGACUUUGGGGUUCCAGUAGAUGCUACAGGUCAUGUAGUACGUAAUUACAACGAAGAUGACAUCUCAGACGAGGAUCUGGGUGAUGAAGACUAUAGCUAUGAUGACGACGAGGACGAGGACGAGGACGAUGAUGACGAUGACGACGAAGAUCAUGAAGUGUUUAGUGAAGAUGAAGGUGAAGACGACGAUGACGAUUCAACGGAUUCGGCUUUCACAGACAUUGAAACUGAUUCUAUCUUGGAUUCGUCAAUCUUGCUAGACUCCUUCGACGACGACACUUCCAACAUGUACUCUUUUCCAAACCAAAAUAGCAACGAAUUCACAUCCAAGAAGAACAGGAAGAAGAAGCGAGCACACUCUUUUGAUACGCAAAGUUUGUCUAGAACCUCGAAUUUCAAGAAUGCGUCCACACCUUCAGGAUCGAAAUUGUUAGCUGGUGGGAAGUCAUCAAGUUCUAUGAACGCAAAAAAGCCCUCCUUAAGUUUCGAAAAAGUAGACCCGACUGCGGCCAAUGGCACCAAAAAGUCUAACCUCAGUUCGAUGAUUCUGUUUCGGCACAGAUCUACUGACGUCAACCCGCUUAACUAUUAUGCAUUUGCCGACUAUAGAGUUGUAGAGGACGCAGCGAAGAAGGCAACUCUAAGUGUUUUCUUACCUCCAAACAACAAACCAGUGAUAAAGGACUUGAGCAUUAACAACAACGUAUCAAUAGCUGACUGCAUAGGUUAUAUAUUGUUGAAUCUUUGUAAGCUUCCAGAAUUCAAGGAUGACCUCAAUGACCCAAUGCUAUUGAAUCCAAAUUACUGGAGAUUAGAGCUUGUGGACGAAGACGGAGAAAACUAUGGUUCGUUUGGUAUUUUGGACAGAUCCAGGUUGUUAUCGUCUUAUAACAAUCCCAAGGAGUUGGCGUUAUGCAAAGUAACUUCUGAACAGGAAAUACAGAAGAACGAAAAGCAGACCCCAUUGGCCAUGGAAUUCAGGAAAGGCUUGGAUGAGUACAAAAAGAGAAGAGUAAGCAUAGAUGAUAUCAUAGAAGAUGAUUCUGUACAAACUCCAGUAAAAAUUGCUCCUGCCGAAGAAGAGAAUAAGGUGGAACUAAAGAUUGUCUUCCAUUCCUUAAGCAUGACACAGGUAAGUGAUUACUCCAUUUUCUAUGCAUCUCGCGGUGCAACAGUUGGGCUGGUACUCAGAAAGUUUUGUUCCCAACAUGGCCUCAUGUCAUCCAAAUACAAGUUCAGAUUGCUACAUGAUUCAUCCAAGACAAAUGGAAAUAAUCCAAACUUUUCUUCAUUCCAAACGAAUUUGAACUCUUCUAGUUUGCAUCCCAACAAUCGAGUCUUGAAAGAAGUUGAAAGAGUUUCUGAUUUAGAGAGCAAUGUGAUUGAACUAGUUCCGUCCGAAAAUAAAUUGAACAUUAUACAAGAAUCGACCGAGAAUCUGAUGAUGAGUACCAUUACUCCUUCUGAAUCAACGUUCACAAUGCAUAUCACCCCAGAUAAGAAACAAUUGGAAGAAAAGAUGCAAGCCAUAACUCUCAAUACGAACAAUUCUACAACAGUCAGUAAGCCUACGUCAGAAGUCAGCAAUAAAGUUCCUGAUUCGUUGGCUACUAAGAAGAACAAGGUAAGCUCCAAUAAGUACUUGGAUGACAUCAUGACAGGCAAGAAUCCACAACUACCUACCAAUCUUAAUACAGUUUAUUUCAAGUGGAAGGUUUGGCGUAAGAAAACAACAAUCCUCAACAAGAUUGAAAAAUCAUUGAUCAUCGAUGGUGAUUAUAUCCAUCUUACACCUUCGGAUGAUAUAGUGUUUAAAGGCAAUCCUAACGAUAUCCCUCUCUCAGCACAGAGUGCUGGACAAUCACAUCACCACCAUCACCAUUUGUAUUAUUACAAUUACAACAAUUACUAUAAGGAGCUGAUGAUGAAAACCAGUUCGUUUCAUAUUACUCAGGUCAUUAAGAUGAAACAGUACAAAAACAGUAAGAAUCCCAACCACUUCAAGAUAGUGAUCCAGAAACAAUUAGAUGCAUCUACUACAAAUACCAAAGACGCUACUAUAAAAAAGAAAUACGAUCUAGAGGCAGAAAGCGUGGAACAAUGCCAGGAAAUUAUAGACAAAUUGAGAUGGGUGCUUCAAGUUUACAAUAUGAGCAGCAUUAAUGCUUUGUAAAUAUUCAGGAAUAUUUUCGUAGUAUUUGAUGUGAAUUUUGCAAGCAUAUUUCUCCAUGUAACUGUUUUGAACUAAGUGAAUAUACGUCCUGUAUG